GGAGAAGAAAGCAGACCAGGGAGGUUGCAGCCAUGCCAGGCUUCCUGGCUGGUGGUGGCAGCAGGUGGGAGCAGCACUUGACCUGUCCAGCCCUAGGGGCGAAAGGAGUGUCCUCACUUCCAUGCCGGCUGGGAGGUGCUGAGCUCUAAGGGGACUGGGCAGCAGGAAUGUGAGAUUGCCACAGGGCCACCAAACUGAGGAAUGAGGGGGAGGGGGCAGGGGCCUGGCCCCGCCCGGAGGCUGAAGCCAGUAGCAAGCAGCACAGCCAGAAGUCCUGGGUUCUUCUAGGGUAGACAGAAAAGCUUGAAUUCAGAGAGGAUUGGGCCAAGACUCAAGGAACAGGAGUAAAGAGCCAGCAGUGGGAGAGAAGAGGUACCCACCUCCUUCCCUGGUGAAGUCCAGCCAUGUCCCAGCUCUGGGGACACAGGAAGAGGCAUGGGGCCCUGGGGCCUCCAGUGCGCAGCAUCCGUCCCUUCAAGUCCAGUGAGCAGUACCUAGAGGCCAUGAAGGAAGACCUGGCCGAGUGGCUUCGGCAUCUCUAUGGGCUGGACAUCGAUGCAGCCAACUUCCUGCAGGUGCUGGAAACAGGCCUGGUGCUGUGCCAACAUGCCAACAUGGUCACCGAGGCUGCUCUGAGCUUCCUGGCAGAGGCACCUGCCCAAGCUCAAAGGAUUCCCAUGCCUCAGGCUGGGGUUUCCUGUAAUGGCGCUGCCCAGCCAGGUACCUUCCAGGCCAGGGACAAUGUCUCCAACUUCAUCCAGUGGUGUCGAAAGGAGAUGGGCAUCCAAGAGGUGCUGAUGUUUGAGACUGAGGACUUGGUGCUGCGCAAGAACGUGAAGAACGUGGUGCUGUGCUUGCUGGAGCUGGGCCGCCGCGCCUGGCGCUUCGGCGUGGCGGCGCCCACCCUGGUGCAGCUGGAGGAGGAGAUCGACGAGGAGCUGCGGCAGGACCUGGCCCUGCCCCCGCCAGACCCCCCGCGCCCCGCGCCCCCGCCUCGCAGGCCCUGCCACUUCCGCAACCUGGACCAGAUGGUGCAGAACCUCGUGAGCCACUGCACAUGCCCAGUGCAGUUCUCCAUGGUCAAGGUGUCUGAGGGGAAGUACCGAGUGGGGGACUCCAAUACCCUCAUCUUCAUCAGGAUCCUCCGGAACCACGUGAUGGUGCGUGUAGGGGGCGGCUGGGACACGCUCGGCCAUUAUCUGGAUAAACAUGACCCCUGCCGGUGCACGUCCCUCUCACACAAACCAGUCAGCUUCCUGAAGCCCCCAGCCCCACCGGUGCAGCACGAAGUAAAGGUGCAGGGUGGACCCUCCCUGGCCCAGCCUACGAUGACCAUCAGCCGCUCGCAGAGCCCGCUUCCCCCCGUGGACUGGAAGACAUAUACUGCUUCAGGCCGACAGCUGAGGCCUCCCUCCUCUUCCUCUCCCAGACCCUGCAGUGAACGGGGAGCAGGCUCUGGGGUCCUCAGACAGACAGCCCCAUUUCUAAGGUCCCAGGAGAGGUUUCUUACUUCAUCUUGGAGGCAGUUGUCAUCUGGGGACAGCCUGCCCAGUCCCCAGUUCUCACCCACCCAUAGGGACCAAGGCCUACGGUGCACCCCAUCGGGGAAGCGAGAGAUCAGAUACCCUGAGGAAGCCCCUAGGGGGAGGACUCCCGAAUCCUGGCUUCACGAGGAGUCGGUCAGCUGGGGAACCCAUGCCAGGGCCCCUACCCCUCAGAAACCCCCAGCUCCUCGGGCCACCACCAAUGGGACAUCAGCAAGAGGGCCACCUCCCUUGCCUCAUUCCUCUAGCCCAGCCCAGCCCCUGGGCCACGUGCUGCCACCCCGGGGUGAGGCUGAGGGUGCAUCCCUCCAGCUCAGGGAGCCAGCGUCUGUCCGUGCUCCCUCCCCUGCCAAAGCACUCACUAAGCUCCCCAUCCGGCUGUCCCCCUCUUGCCCUCCCACCCCAGGAAGAAGCUUUCCUGGUACUCUAAGCAGAGGACCCACAGCAGAGCUGAGCAGGGGUCCCAUCCCAGUAAGGGCUGUCAUGGGACACUUGGCUGGGUCCGGACAUGAGGACAGCGCUGUGGAAGGGAGGAGCCAGGGGGCCCAGCAGGCAGACGUCCAGGUCUCUGCAGAGGCUGGAGAGCCCCAAGACCUGGGCCCACAGGAGUGGGACGGGAGGUGCACUCCACUGCCCCUGAGCAGGACCAAGGAGCAAACCAUCUACCAUAGCCCUGAGGAGGAGAUUGUGGCCAAUGUGAAGAAGUUAGAGGUGGGGAGUGCCCAUCCCCAGGGGGCAGAGCCGCCAGUCAUCCCUCGAAGUGGAGUCUAUGUCCCUAGCCUGGGUGGGCGGUGGCCUGAGCCUGGGGGUCUCUAUGACCAAGUCAUCCAAGAACUGGCUCAGGGCCCCCCACCCCUCCUUAAAGUGGACCUGGAAGCCUGGAAUGUCGCCCCUACAGGGUCCCCCAAGCCAGCUGUUACUGCAGGCCCAGGAAGCACAAAAGAGAAGUUGGGAGCCAGAGACAGUGGGCCACUGACAAAGGCAAGCCUCAGUGCCAGAGGAACCAAGAUGUGGAAGGUCUCACCUCCAGGAGGGCAGGACUGCUCAGCCCCUAAGGUGUCUUCCAGCCCUGAGGUCCCCACACCUUUGCCCUCAAACCCCAGUUCUGACAAAGCCAAGGGAUGUCAGGGCAAAGGCAAGAGAACACUCCGGAAGCCCAAGAGGGUCCCAUCCAUCUAUAAGCUGAAGCUGAGGCCCAGGAUCCGGCCCCGGAGAGACCACAGGCCUGAGAAGCAUCCUUCACGAAUCCCCAAGCCACUGGCCUACCUCUGCCUGGGUCCAGCUAGGCUACCCCCUAGGGAGAGGCCACUGAGAGCUGCCCUAGGCAGCAAGAGAGGAGAAGUAGCCCAGGUGGAUGGAGCUUCAGCAAGAGAAGAGGAUGAAGAGAAGAAGAAAGAGCCACAGGCUCUACUGGAGAGAAGUCCCCCACCUUGGGAGGGCCAGGGCUCUCAGCAGCUUGAUCAAGCCCAGCUCCCCUCAGAGGAGGAGUCCUGGGUCUGAAGGUACUGCAGGUGAGAGGAGGGAAGCAAAAUGGAUGCCCAUGUAUGCAAGAGCAGACAGGACCUUGGCCAGGAGGCCAUCCAAAGACAAGCACAGACUCAAUCUGUUCCACUGAGCAAAAGGACAACCCAUCACUCCCAUUCCAAUUCCAGCGUUAGCCCAAGGACAGUGGGGUGACUCUACAUCAUACUGCCCUUCCCCAGAAAAGUUCUCCCAAUUCCUGGGCUCUCACCACGGCCCCCCCUUCCCACAACUCUAAGUCAUUAAACACAUGUGGGUCUGUUGUGGAGCCCCCAG